UCUGCUCGGCUCCGGUUGGGCUCUGAUUGGAACAGAUUGUAGCGCUCUCCGGGUCGCAAUGGCAACCGCGUGAGACGGACGACACCAGCAACUUUUUUUUCUCCGUCGCGUUUGGAAUGUUACGAAGACACCGCGGGUCGCUGAGGAAACUACCUUCUGAUGUGAACAACGGACGCCGCGCGCUAUGUCAAGUCCGAAAAUGUCCCAGGGAUGUACAGUUUCUGUGGAAGAGAUCCAGUCUUGGUGGGAAGUCCCCGCCAUAGCCCACUUCUGCUCGCUGUUCAGGACGGCGUUCAACCUUCCUGACUUCGAAAUAGAGGAGUUGGAGAAAGCCCUGUCAGAGCAGGACCUGGACUUCCUCAGGGACCUUAUUGCUUGUCUUCUGCAAGGCUGCUACCAGCGCAAUGAUAUCACCCCCCAGGCAUUUAGCAGUUACCUGGACGACAUCAUCAGCUACCGGUGGGAGCUGGAAGAAGGGAAGCCCAACCCACUUCGAGAGGGUCCCUUCGAGGACCUCCCUCCUCGCACUCAGGUGGAACUGCUCCACCGGCUGUGCGACUACCGUCUAGAUGCCGCUGAUGUCUUCGACCUGCUCAAGGGCCUGGAUGCAGACAGCCUGAGAGUGGAACCACUGGGGCAGGAUGGAAAUGGAGCCCUCUACUGGUACUUUUACGGCACUCGCAUGUACAAAGAAGAACGAACCAAGAGGAAAGCAGAGAAAAUGGGUGAAGCCACUGAGCUGACGUUACCAGAGAAAAAGAAAAGGGGAAGACCGCCAAAGAAGAUAAAACUGGAAGAGCCUCAGCUGUGUGAGCUGGAAAACGAAGUGACGACAGAAAAUGAGCCGCAAGAUCUCCCCCCUAGCACAGGCCGCAAGCGAGGCGCUUGGUCGCUCGUGUGCGACACGGAGGAGCAAUGGGUCAGUCUGGUCGAGAGCAUCCAGGACAAACCCUCCCCCCAGGACCGCCACCUCCACCGGGUCAUCAGCCAGAACUUCUUGCCCGAGAUCCGCAGCAUGAUCGAGCACAAGGAGCGGGAGCAGAAACAGAGGCUACUGGACCCGGCCCCAGUUCGCAUAUCACAGCGCUUCUCAGGAAAAGACUUUAACCGAGAGCAUGAGGACAAUGUGAGGGCCAUAUCACAGGAGGAGGAAAAGAAGAAAGACGAAGAGCUGGACAGGCAGGUCCUGCUGGCCGAACAACGACGCGAAGAGGAAAGGCUCCAUCAGGAGGAGCAGCAGAGAGAGAAGAUGGAGAAGAUCAAAGCUGUGGAGGAGCGAGCCAAGAGGCGGAAGAUGCGAGAGGAAAAGGCCUGGUUACUGUCUCAGGGAAAAGACCUGCCACCUGAACUCCUGAAUCUGGAGCCUUCUUCUCCCGUCCACAGAACACGCAAGAAUAAAGCGUUCUAUGAAAUUGAUGACGACUACACUACUCUGUACAAAGUGCUCGAGGUUUUGAAAGCCCAUAAAGACGCUUGGCCUUUCUUGGAGCCUGUGGAUGAUUCCUACGCCCCCAAUUACCACGAGAUCAUCCAGACACCAAUGGACCUGUCCACCAUUGAAAAGAAGCUCAAUGAUGGGGACUACGUCGCCAAGGAGGAGUUUGCCGCCGACGUGAAGCUCAUGUUUGAGAACUGCAUCGAGUACAAUGGAGAGGACAGCGAGUACACCAUCAUGGCCGAGUCUCUAGAACGGUGCUUCAGCCGGGCCCUAUUGAAACACUUUCCGUCCGAGGACGGCGACACGGACGAGGAGUUCCACAUCAGCAGCGAAGACAAGGAGCGCAAGGACAAAAAGCGCAAUCGUGGCAGCAGUAAACAUUUGGGACCCGAAAGUCUGAUCAAAGCCACCGAGCAAGUCCAACGCAAGAGAAACUCCCAAGGGGGCAAGGGCAGCUCCCACCCCGAAGAGAACAACAGACGGACGCGUCCGCCUCCCUCCCUUCACUGGGCCAAUGCCCCCCCUCAUCUCCAAAGCCAGCAGCACAUUCACCGAGGAGACAUCAGGGGCAUGUACCACCCAGGACAACAGCUUCUUGGUCCGCCCGGUCCUCAUGGCCCACACAUGUAUGGCCAGAGAAUGGCCAUGGAUCCCCGCUUCUCUUAUCCAGCGCAUAUUCCCAGGCAUGGCGACCCCAGUUUGAACCGCUUGCCACACAACUUUAACAUGCAGCAUCGCAUGGUUGAGGGACGGCACAUGGGUCCUAGGUAUCCAAUGGGACCAGAUCCUAACCAACACCAGCCGCAGCAUCCCUACAUGGGUCCAACUCACGGCCCGUCUCUUGGCCCGCGGCCCUUGGGCCUACAACCAGGACCUCCUCCCGAAGCCAGCAUGUAUCCAUCCCACCACCGUCCAGAGGGACACACCAUGCACCCCUUGGGAAACAGAUUCCUAGGGCCGGAAAGACCUCAGCACAACUACCCUGGCUUGAGGCCUCCCGGAAUGGGCCUGUCGAACAUGUGGACUGGUAUGAAUCACCAGGAGAGACCCAACGGGAUGGGAAUGCAAGAUCCCAACAUGGUGAACCAGCGCAACUUUAGUCACGGCGGAGUUCCCCCUCCAGUGGGCCAUAAACCUUGGCCAGAGGCGGCUGGAUACCCCCACCCCUCGCCCAAUGCCCAGUAUCAAAUGUCCGCAGUGGUCUGUUCCCCGGGCCCCAUGUCCUCCCGCCCCCCUGUUCCCCACCCAGACUCCUCUAGCAGGACACGCUUGGCUUCUAUGCUGCAGAGCCCGGAGAUGCUGGCCCUGCAGCAGCUGUCAGCCUCUUCUGGACCCCCUGCUGGUACCCCUCAUCAGCACAUCGGCAACUUUCAGCCGAAUGGGCCCCCGUCAGGAAUUGGCAGCAUCCCAGCUCACCCCUCUCAGCAGCCUCCCCCUGCCCCUGAGGUUCAGCUGCUGCGUCCCGCUACAGACAAUGGGCCAGACAGCCAGCCUUCUCAACAGACAGACAUGCGGCCCAAAGAAUCCACCAACAUUUCGGAUGAAGCUUCAUUACACCAAGAGCCCACUUCCAUUCGUAGCCCCACAGAAAGACUCACUGGGCUAUCAGAGAGAAUGCAGAGCCCCCCAGCUUCUAGCUCGGGCAAAUUGGAGGAGAAUCCGUCUGGACCGAGGCUCUCAACAGCGAGCCACAAGCCUGAGGUAGAUGGCCAGAGACACUCUGCCAGCCACUGUCCAACUGAACACAUGAGGGCCACGAGUGUUUUGUCCUAUCUCAACUCCAGUAACAACAGCGCCACUGACCACGCCCACCCCAACCACCCGCAGCCAAUGCAUGACAGCCCACGGCAAAAAGCUCGAAGCCCCGCCCUUCUUCACCAGAACUUGCCGCCGCUGCGUUCCCCUCAGCGAAUGUUGGAGAGCAACCCGUCACACGUACAGGAUGCACACCGGCAAAGUGAGCAGCAGCGACCUCAGGCGAGCCAGAGCAUGCCGCCCCAAUGCCCCCCUCAGAGCUCUCCCCAGCCGGUAAGCUCUCUCCUUCUCCCUCAUCGCGUCCCCCAAAACACCUCUCCACGCCCUACACAGAGCAGUCCCAUGCACGGGAUGCCACAGAGUGCCGCACAAGGAGCCCAGCCUGGACCCCCUCAUCCAGUUCCCCUCACCUCGCUGCCACCCAGCCGUCCCACCCCUCUGCUACCGUCCCAGCCGAGCCCAGCCGACCAUGGGAAUCAAAGACCCAGCGAGCCUACGAGCAGAACGGACACAGACGGCAACGCGAGCCCGCCGCUGCACAUGAUGAAAUCUGGGCCUCCGAAUGGCGUUCCCAAACAACAGGCUUUAAGCCCCAAUCCCCAUCAAACCAAGGUGUUGGGCGGUCACCCAGGUAUGCAGGCUCAGGGAGGGCCAGCGGCCGUUCACAAUCCAGCCAUGCCUCCUCACACCCAAGGCCAGGUACAUGGAGCCAUGGGUCCGUAUGCCAUGGGGAACAAUCUACAUCCACACUACAGCCAAACAAACAUGACCCGGCCCAUGCCUCAGUCUGCUCACCACCCGUAUCACAACCAGGCCAUCAACAGCCUCCACGGUUACCGCCAGCAGGGAGGGACCGCCUACCCGUACCACGCACCAGGCCAACAGCACCCUCAGGCCCACCCCAACGUGUACCCGAGUCAUCAGUACCAGCAACAGCACUACUUCCCGCAACCCCACUCCCAAGCUCCGAUCCACAACCAGGCCAACGGCAGAGGAGGUUACCCUCCGGAGGAGUGGCACCGGCCUCACUAUCAGCCUCAGCAACCCAUGUCGCCCAACGGCUACCUACCUGCAGCCGGCGCCAGAGGCAACGGGCAGCUGAAGGAGAGCAGUGUGUCGCCGCUGGGCUCCGAGGGCUCCGGCUUGAUGUCCCCCGGCCCCGUGCCCGAAGUAGCGCCACGCCCCGUCGGCCUGGAGGAGAGGAAGUGCGAAAGCAGCGAUGGCGGCAGCCCCGCCAAGCGGGCCCACGAGGAGAGCUCAGAGCGGCCCGAGAGCCCGAAGGAAAUCCUGGACCUGGACAGCCACAACGCCGCGGCCCGCCGCCGCAGCACCCAGCAGCACAUGGUGUCCGGCUUCAUGUUCGACCCUGGUACCGUGCACCCCGGGAUGCAGCGCGGCGGCGUUCCUCCGCCCCACAUGAUGUUUCCGACCCGUGGAAACGCCGACGGAGUUCCCUACCAUGGCCGGCCGUACCCGGAUCCGGGACGCUACGCCGCCCAAAGACCACACCCGCAUCUGAUGGAGGCGCUGCAGCGGCCCCAGCAGCUGCCUUACUCGCCGGGUCAGACGCGCAUGGUCAUGUACAGACACCCUCGGCCCACGGGGAACUUCCAUGGCAUGAUGAUUCAGCAGAGAGGCAUGGCACCAGAACACUUCCUACACCCUGGGCAGCAGAUGAUGGCGGCUCCAGGCGGCCCGAUCAGUAAACAAGGAGUGUGACAAGAACUGUUUUCGGAGUAUGUUCUUAUCAAACCGGAGGAAGUACUGAGCCAAGAGGAAUAAUACGUGGGUACGCGGACUGAAACCGUAGAAUGGACCCUUUGCUCCAUGUACAUUUCUUAAGGAUUUUCUUACACUGGACUGACCUCUGAGCGAUCGGAGAUAUGAGUAAUGGAUUAAAGGACACUGAACACAGCCUGCCUAUGUUGUCCUUGUGACUGUCCCUAGUUGAUGGAGCCGUUGAUCUACUGAGCGAACUGAGCAGGGCUGUUAUGAAGAUGAGAGGGACUGCUGUUGAUUUCUUUUUUUAAUUUUAUAUGCUGUUAUUUUCUGUUCCAACCCUACUUUUAAACUCAGGUGUAGAAACGGAGGUACUAAUAGACUGUCACCCUCCCCCAGUCAAAAUCACAGGCCCCUUGUAAUUGCCUUGAUUACCUUUUUGUGAAUGUAUGAGCGAAUGUGUAGACAAUACGGUGUGUGCAUCAGAUUAUCUGCGUGUGAAGGUUCACAAACACUGAUCAUUUGUCCAAAGCAGAACCGUCCUGAAGAAAGCCCAGUUACUGUCCACUUUCACCCCAAUGCGCAUUUGUUCUUCUAGUUCCAGAGUAACUAUGUGCACCUUUCAUAGCUGCCUUCAUUGUCAAGAAUGUCUUGGACUAGGAGAGCGGGACUGGCAGAAAUAGUGCGAUUCAUAUCCAGACUCGACAUAAACUCUCUGGGAUGCACUGUGGAUUUUAGUCUGCGGAUCUCGUGGCCUUUGGUAGACUUAUUUCUAGUCCUACACAUAUUGUAUGCAUGAACAUAUAUCCUUUAUCUCCUGUCCCGGACAGGGCGAAAUUCUAAAAUGACAUAGUCUGCUAUCUGAUAAAUGCAGAACAAACGCCCUAAAAUCCUGCGCUUGGUUUUUUUAUUGUGACUAUUAACACAUAAAAGUGUGUACUUUCUUUUUUUCAUUCGCGGCUCAUCCCUCUGCGUGGUUGAUUCUCUGAGUGCUUCCUCUUCCCCAUGUUGAUACUAAACAGGUCCUCAGGGUGUACAGUUUCUAUAUACGGGUAUUUUUCUGCAUUAUUUGAAGGAGGAGCAGCAUAAAGAAUAAGGGACUGAAACUGGCAAACGGAUCCACCUCACCACCAACACCUGUCUUUGUUUUUUGUCAAGUGAGAUGAAUCAAAUAUGGGUUAUUCCACAUUCCUGUUGAUUGGAUGUCUUUUGAGUUUUUUUAAAUCACAAUUCAUUUAGGAAUAGGACACAUUUUUAAAGGGCUACCAAUGCAUUUUCUAAUGAAUUGAAAAUGUCCGUCGACGCUCCGCCCUGCACCUUCACCUCGUCGUAUCCACGUUGCGUCUGUGAAACCCCACCUGUGCAGUUUAGUGAUGACAGUAAAUUAAUCUACCUCAUUGGCAUCAACUGAGUCUCUGAAACUUCUUUCUCCUGCUCUGCGGGUCAACACGUUGUGACCAGCUGAUGAUUUUUAGCACAACUAUAAUUGUGCAGUCUUUCAGAACUGAAAUGAAUGAAAUGGCCUUACGACCCGCGUUGGUCACAGGUUGCCGUGUCGGACGUCUGUGCCGACCGGCAGACGUUUCUGUAAAUGAAUCGGUCAUUGAAUCAUUUUAACGGGACGGCACUUUCAGCAUUUUCUUUUUUUAAAUGAAGUGUUGAGGGCAAUACAACGCUGCAUGUCCGGAGCAGGAGUCUGUAAAUUGGUCUCGAGCUGCGUUCCAGUCUCUGGUCUCUUAAUAGACCGCACAGAGACGUGCCGUCAUAAUGGGUUUACGAUGUUCUUCAGUAGUAGGUACCUAAGGCGUUGCGGGGGAAAUCUUUCAGGAUGGUGGAAUAAGAAAGUGCUAGAAGCUGUGAGCAAAAUGUUCUAAAUGUGUCGCACGAGACUAUUUAGUGGAAAUAGGAAGUGGUUUCAAGUUGUGCCCAAUAGGUCACUUUUCAGGUAGUGUGUUCACUCGCGCUGUCGUGUGUGUGUGUGUGUGUGUGUGUGUGUGUGUGUGUGUGUGUGUGUGUGUGUGUGUGUGUGUGUGUGUGUGUGUGUGUGUGUGUGUGUGUGUGUGUGUGUGUGUGUGUGUGUGUGUGUGUGUGUGUGUGUGUGUGUGUGGAAUUGGCACCAGAUGAUCGGAAGUGUGCGUUCAUCUCUCACUUUUACUCUGCUGUCCUCUCUGCGCUAGUGAAAACCAUAUAGAGGUGAAUUAAAUGUGAAACAUAUAUAUUUUCCUUCUUAAGCAUCUUUGUACAUUUGAUGACUUGUUUUAAUAUAAAUGUGAUGUACGUUUGUUCUUUUUUUUUUUUUUUUUUUUCAAGCAGUUUUCUUUUACCUCAGUAGCAUGGUGGCGUUUAAAUAAGAACUACGUUUAAUUUUCAGUGACGUUUACAAGUUCUUAUCUGACUGACAUAGAUUAUUUUGGAAAUGGAACAGAGUAUUUUCUAUACUGUACAUUUCUUAGAAAUAAAUUACUUUUCUCCAACAA